AGCCUGCCAGUGGUCACCAAGUUAAACCAAAUAUUGCAGAACUGGCACGGGGAAUGGGAGUGGACACUUUCUUCAGUUGGCUGACGGAGACCGGACUGGACAACGUUAUUCAAGAUGGAGGACAAUACACGGUGUUUGCACCUACGGACGAAGCCGUAGCCUCGCUCCCAGCGAGUGUACAGUCAUCCAUUCGCGAUAACCCUGAUCGCCUUCGUCCACUUCUUAAAUACCAUAUAUCUACAGUUCAGCUGAAACCACAAGAUAUCCAGAACGAACAAACGGUGCCAACACUGGCUCAAGGCAAAAACAUCCGUUUCAACUAUUAUCGGAAUGGGAGUUUAUUGACUGUAUCUGGUGCUUCCACUGGAAACCUUCGCCAAUCUGGAAAUGUUGCUGUGUUCGUGGUGAACCGCGUACUAUACAGCCCACAAGGGGACUUGUACAGUACUGUUUCCAGCUCUCCCAUCCUUAAAGAACUAACCCGCUUCAUUAAACUGGCCGGGCUUGAAGAGUUGUUGAAAG